GAGAGAAGAACUCAUUGUCUCUCAUUCCCCAUGGCUCUCCUCCAACUGCUCCUGCUCAUCUCUCUCCUGUCUCAAAUAGGACACUGUGCUUACGUUAACAUGGGCAUAGUGAAUGGCACGGAGGUUAAAGCCCAUUCCAGACCCUACAUGGUUUCCGUCCAAAAAGACAAAAUGCAUAUUUGCGGGGGCUUCCUGGUGUCAGAGAACUUGGUCAUGACGGCUGCACACUGCUGGAAUCCAGGGACGAAGCUGACCGUUGUAUUGGGUGCUCAUAAUCUAAAAAAGGACCGGUCAGCUUUUACCCGUACAGAGGUGAAACUUUACCACAUCCACCCGAUGUAUGACUCUGAGAAUCUGCUUGGUGAUAUCAUGCUGCUGCAGUUGAACAAAACUAUCAAAAAGACCAAGCAUAUCAGUUGGAUCUCUAUACCAAAAAAACAGAAUCAGGAUGUUAAGGCCAAGCAGGUCUGCAGCAUUGCAGGCUGGGGGAGACAGUCUGACAACAGUAGAACAAGUGAUCGUCUCAUGGAGGUCGACGUCACUGUUAUGGACACAAAUGCCUGUGAGAAAAAAUGGGGAGAGCCUUUUUCUGUCUCAAGUGUGGUGUGCACUAGUCGCCCUGGAGGGUUUUGCGAGGGAGACUCUGGAGGUCCUUUGGUGUGUAAGAACACUGCUGUCGGGAUUGUUUCAUUCUACCAGGAUGGAAAAUGCAAAACGCCACAGUUGCCCUAUGUUUAUACCAAAAUUUCUAAAUAUCUACCUUGGAUUAAUUGUAUUUUAGGACAAAUGGAGUGAGCACUUGGCUAUUAUUUAAUAUUUAGUGUUUAAUCUACUCUUUUAUUUUCAUGAAAAACCUUAAGUCAGCAUGUGGGUUUGUAUUUAUCUCUUGUAUCUGAAGCAGCUAAGCUCAUGGAGAGUAAAUAUGUGUUUGAUCUGAAACUAUGCAAAAUGUCAAUGUAAAUUAAA